AUGGUAGCGGUACAUUCUAUGAUCAUUCCAGUUCUCAUUAGUGGACUAGUGAGUUUCGGAGCUGCUCAAACCUCGUCCCUGUCGUCAUCGUGGUGCAAAAAUAACGAGGCCGAGGUUGUUUAUGAUCGUGCUACAAUGGGACCUGAUUUCCUUCCUAAAGAUGGUGUGGAUAUGAUCGACUAUGACUUCGAUGGUGCUCGUAACUGGUACAUGUCCGGCAAAGAUCUGGGCACCAGGAGAUAUGAGUUGUGGAAGGUUACUGCUGAUGGUUCGGUUCGUACUGAUAUCAUUCACGACAAGGUUGACUGUAUCGCUGUUAAAGCCGAUGGUUCUGGGAUAUUUGCGGUUGUUAAUGACAACAUAGGUAUUUAUAACACAAAUGGUGAUGGUAUUAUUGAAGUGGUCGAUAAUGGCUCUCAUCGAACUUGGAGUGGCCUGUAUUAUGAUGAUGUAGAGAAGGUCUUGUACGCUAGUGACUCUGCGAAUAAUAUGAUCUACAUGUUCGUGAGGAAGAGCUGGGGUUGGGAUAGUACUGUGAUUAUAAAGGGAACGGGUCAAGGCUCGAAGAAGCUUGAUCAGCCUGCUGGUAUUAGGAAGUUUGGCAAUACUCUGUACAUUGUCCAAUCUGGUGGCCGAUCCAAUGUCGUAGUGAGUUGGGAUAUUGGAUCGAAUACGAGAAACUUUGAGUACGAUUUCAAGCCAACUGGUGAAUUUGGUAUCGAAGUUUUGGACGGAUUACAAACGCCGGCACCGGUGCUUUGA